GAAGCUGAAAGGAGAAGGGGUGGCAGAUAGCGCCGUGGGUAGAUGCACAGGGAGCACUGGUUCUUUCCCUAUGAGGAGAUUGUAGACACUACAGGAAAUGGUUGAUAUUGACUCAGAGGUAGUGCAUGAGGAGCCUAAGCUGCAUUUAUUUUCCGCUAUUCCAUGUAUUUGGCACUUCUUUCCUGAGUGACAGGAAAUCAUGGUGUAUUUUUGGUGUAAAGAAGAAACUAGCAAUAUUUUUUACAAUUUUUAAUAGUCAGUGGUUGAACAGAGCCAUUGUCAAUCACAGCUGGCUGUGCUUGUGAAGAUUUUGCUUGUAACAAUUACCAAUGUUGGAUUUUACACAGCAAUGUUUUUGAAGCAACUGUUAACCAACUGAUCAUAUCUUCUGCGUAGAAAUGACCGGAGCCUUGCUUACAGGACUCUUAUUUGUCUUGAUGAAGGCAGUAUGUGAUGGUGAGCCAACACAUGGUGGGCCAGAGACAAUAAAGAACCCCUAUGAGCAAGACAAGCUUCUAUAUCAAACCUCACAAUGGGUGCUGAAGUUGUUUAAUGACUCGCUGCCCUUUUCCAGAGCUGAGAGUUUCUGCAGAGGUCAGUUCAGCUCUCUUAUCACCCUGAAAGAGCUAAAGGAAAAUAAAGAAACUUUAGAGUUUCUUCAGCAGACCGGACUUCAUUCUCCAGUCUGGGUCAAAGAUUAUAACAGAGGAGCCUCCGAGGCAUUAGCUCUCUCAAGGCAGUAUAUGGAGUUCUCGGCUCUUAAUUUCCCAAAGGAGUCCCAUGAAGGCUUUGCUCGUGUUAACGUGUCCUUUCCCGCACUGUCCUCUGUCAGUGUAUGUGUUCGGGUUCAGUGGUACACAGAGUGGAGUGAUGCAUCCACUGUCUUCUCCUAUGCUGCACCUGUUCUGAACAAUGAAUUUCAGCUACGAGGCCAAGUUGACAUGAAGGGUCAUAUCCACCUGGCACUCAUAAUCCAUGGAAAGCAUUUUCCAUAUAAGGCAUCUUUUGCAAACGACGGAGCAUGGCAUCACAUCUGUGCAACUUGGAGCCGGAUCAGCAAUUCCUGGGCUAUCUAUGUGGAUGGUGAAAAGAGAGACAUGGGCUAUGGUACAGAUAUGGACCGAGACAUUCACGGUGAUGGUAUAUUUAUUUUGGGCCAAGACCAAGAUUCUUUUGGAGGCAAUUUUACUGAGCCCUUUUUUGGGAAUAUCACUGACCUGAAUGUUUGGAACAUUUCUUUGGAAUCAAGACAUGUUCGGGCCUUAAAUUUAUGUUCAACCAUGAUAAAGGAAAAGUUUUUCAGUUGGAACCUCAGUCUUAUACACAACCAUGAUGUUGUGAAAGAGGUACAAGCCACUAUAUUCUGUCCAGCACUACACCAGCAGAUGGAGCUACAGGGCUGCAGGACAUUUCAAGGAUGGUCAGAUCAGCUUCCUUCCUUGGACUGGACAGACUGCUCGGAUUUUCUACCUUUCAUCUGCAGGAGCAGCAGAGAGCGGCACCACAAGAUGGAGCAGAUCAGUAUGUCUCAGAGCAGCCAGCCCUCAGCCUUCAUGAACCAACUAAAGAAGCUUUCCAAUAAAAGCCAGUCUCAGCCGGUGCAGGAGCCAUCUGGACUGGAAACCCUGGCACAGGCUUCGACGCUGCUGAACAUCUCUGUUCAGGCCCUGGAAGACACCCAGCAGGAAGGACUGCAGCCAGCGGACAUGUUGACGCUCAUCCAACUGCUGGUGCUGACUGCUGACGUCUCAUCUGAGCCGACCGUCUGUGCUGAAAACAGCAGCUGUGACAACGUCCAGGAGCUCAGUCAGCACUUCAUCAGUGUAGCUGACAGCAUCAUCAGUGAAGAGAAUGCAGACAAGUGGCAGGCCAUAAAAGAGGUGGUAAACGGCCCUAUGGAUGUUGUGAAGAGCAUAGACAAGAUGGUGACCCAAUUGAGCCCAAGUUUGACAGCAGAGACUGACCAUGUGACCAUUCAGAGUCCAAAUAUCAAACUGGAGCUACAGCAGCAAAGGCUGGGUGAGGGAUCUAAGGUAGUUAGCUUCUGUGGGCCGGGGUCAGAGACACACUCUGUUCUGGACUGCAUUUCUGUUCCACAUCAGAAGAUACAGGAUCUAGAGAACAAUGGGUUCUAUAAGAUCACCUUGGUUAACACAUGGUAUGGCUCUCUGCGGCCUAUUUUCAAUCCAGAAGAGAACAUCACUAUGGAGCCUACAGUAACUGAUGGCAGCCAGAGGUAUCUGGGCACAGUCCUGGGCUCAUCUGUUAUAUCCACCACUGUUCUGGGAGAUGACCAGCCAGUAAGCAUGGCAGUUCACUUCCAGCUCCAACACAAACUACAGAACUCCAUUGAUGCUGUAUAUGAUCCAGUUUGUGCAUACUGGGAUUUUGACCUCACGCCAGAGGCUGGUGGGUGGUGGAAUACAAAAGGCUGUGAGGUUGUGUCUAAACAUUAUGGAUACACCGUGUGCUAUUGCAACCACACCACCAAUUUUGCCCUGCUGCUGCAGGUUUACGAAACUCAGAGGAGCGCAGAGAAUGAAAAAGCUCUGCAGGUGCUGACGUUCAUUGGCUGUGGAGUGUCUCUGUGUGGCCUCCUCUUCACCUUCAUCCUCUUCAUUGCUGUGGGAGUCCCCAAGUCAGACCGAACAACUGUUCAUAAGAACCUAAUAGUUGCUCUGGGCCUCGCUGAGCUGCUGCUGAUGUGUAGUGACUGGGCAACAGAGAACCAGGUAGCAUGUUUCAUGGUGACUGCUCUACUUCACCUGUCCUUUAUGGCAUCAUUCUGCUGGAUGCUGGUUGAGGGGCUUCUGCUCUGGAGCAAAGUGGUUUCUGUCAACAUCAGUGAAGACCGCAGGAUGAAGCUCUACUAUGUCAUAGGCUGGGGACUACCUGUUCUCAUAGUUGGACUAACAUUGGUGAUAUCAGGGGAAAAAUACAAGGCACAUGAUCACUGCUGGCUAAGUGUAAAAACUGACACUAUCUGGGCCUUUGUGGGACCUGUCAUAUUUGUCUUGACGGUCAAUGCAGUUGUGCUGUGCCGUGUUGUCAUGGUGACCAUUUCCAGUGCUCAUCGGCGUGCUAAGAUGCUCAGUCCAAGCUUUGCAUCAAAAAUGCAGACCUUCGACCUCACCUGGGCUGUGACGCGUCCUGUUCUUAUCCUGCUACCUGUCCUGGGUCUGACAUGGAUAUGUGGAGUACUGGUCCAUCUGUCUGUGGUUCUCAGCUACAUCUUCAUCUUCCUCAAUUCUUUACAGGGCCUGUAUAUCUUCAUAGUGUAUGCUGUUUACAACAGUGAGGUGAGAAAUGCCAUAAAGAGGAUCAAAGAGAAGAGAAAGGCUCUGUCUUUCACGAACUGCUCUCAGCCUACCAGCUUCCUUCCCUCCCAGAGGGCUCCAAUAACCCCUUGGAGUCGGAGUCCCCCAACCUCCUCCAGCCCAGAAACAAGUGAGACCUCUGGACCAUUUAGCUCUGCCUCUACAUCACUGGUCAUCAAAAAUGAGAGCUUCAAAAAAGAAAGCUUUGUCAGUUUUUCUUUGAGACAAGCAUCAGGAAACCAAGAGGUGCAGCUGACUGGCUUUAAACCAUCAGGUUGUUGAGGUGCAGAUGGAGAGGAUCGCCUCUGUAUGUCUCACACACACAAACACAGACACUUUGGAUGGAGAGCAAGAAGAAAUGGAAUAAAAGAGGAAACUCCACCUCCCUCCCCUGUCCUUCAUCCACUUGAUCUUUACAGCUCAUCAAUUUCCCACUUUCAUAUUUUGCAUUUCUUGUGUAUAGUGUUAGUGAAGUGGCUUAAAUGCUUAGUGAUUUCUGUUCAUCUUCCCAAGAUGCUUAAUCAGACCUUCUUUUGCAUUCUUUAGCUUAAAACACAAACUUUAACUACUGGAUUUGGAUCAGCAAAUUCAUUCCCAACAAUGGAGCUGGAAUGAUGUACUAAUUUUAGACUAAUUUUACUGUUGUCCUUGUUUUACAGUUUUAUUAAAUUUAGAGAAAGGUUUUUUUUUUUAUGGUGUACGUCUGUAAAUAUGUUCCCAGCAGUUGUCGUCUCUUCUUAUCAUCCGUAUCAAUUACACAUGUUCUUAGGAGCUUUUAAGACACAUUUAAAGCAUUGUCUUCCCAAAAGAGUGAUUAUGAAACAGAGCUUACAAAAAGAGAAUUUAAAAAAUGGAAUCACAGUACCAUGUUUUCUUUUUAUCCCUACAGGUUUAAAAUUAAGCAUUUGGGUUAAAUUAUACAUUAAACCCAACCAAACCAUUGGCAUAACUUAUUACAGAAAAAUUAAACACUUUUCAGAGCUUCAUCCUUUCCAAACAGGUGUUCAUUUCCAACUUCAGAUCAUUCCACUGUGCUUUUCUUUAAGAGUUGAAUUUGAACGAUUUAAAAUUAUUUAUUAUUCCUCUAGCUUAAUACACCAGUAUCCUUGGAAAUAAAACUGAGCCCUCCGUAUGUCAGCAGCACUGCACUAAGAAAAAAAAUAUGUUUAAACAUAUCUCUUUCAUUAUGUCAACACCUCAAAAUCUUGGACUUAUUUGAAUAUUUAACAUUUCCAGGAGAGAUUUGGAAUAACAAUGAGGGCCACUGAAGAGGGGCAUCUUUGUUAUUUGGCAUUUCUGAUGU